AUGACGAUGGGUAUCGUGUUUUUGGAGGAAUUAGAAAUUCUCCUGCUCACUGGGAAAGUGAAAAAAAAGUUGUUGGCAAUGGUUAGACAGUUCGGUGUUCCCACUUUAUUUUUAACUAUAUCUGCUGCUGAAGUGCAAUGCAUUACAUUAUUAAUUUUGCUUAGUGAAGUAGUUGAUAAGAAAAAACUUACUGAGCUUGAAGCGGAAAACUUGCCAUACGAUAUAAAAACUCGUCUUAUACAAUCCGAUCCGUUCAUUUGCGCCACAUAUUUUGGAAUCAAAUUAAAAUAA